GAAUAUCGAAACGGUUUGCCUUACCUGUGGAACGACUUCUCUUUCACAGCCCUCGCAAUUCUCGCCAUGCCAACAUUGGCAUAAGAAUACAAGAUGGUGCUUGAAGUUCAGCCCGCCCCUGGCGGUGUGCCGAGCGGCAGCGGAGGCCUCCGCAUCUGGCCGCAGCUCCCCCCCGAGCUGUCGGAGCGAGUGGCAAGCCACCUACCUGCCAACGUCGUCGCUGCCUGCGUGCGCCUCAUCAACCGCGCCGCAGCCGCGCAGUUCCGCUCAGCCCGCCACUGCACCGUUCGCCUGUCGCAGCCCUGCCCUCACGCCGCCUUCGCAGCGCACUGGUCCCGCCCGGAGGUGUGGGAGCCGCUGACGCUGCAGCAGCGGCGCCGGGUGCUGUGCCUGGUGGCGACCAGCGGCGACGUCGCCAACCUGGAGCUGGCGUUCGACCACGCCGGCUGCGUGGUGACCGCAGACGUGUUCGCAGCUGCCGCUGGCGCGGGCCGGGUGGGGCCGGGCUCGGCCUGUGCGUGGCUGCUGCGACGCGGGUGCGCCUGGGGCAGUGACGUGAUGCUGGCGGCGGUGCGGGCUGGGCAGCUGGCGGCGGUGGCGUGGCUACACGCGGCGGGCUGUCCCUGGAGCUGGGCGCACACGGCGGUGGCGGCGGCGGAGGCAGGCCAGCGCCGAGUGCUGCAGUGGCUGAUGACCAAGGGCGGAGGCUGCAACGUGAGGGGCGAUGGCGCUGCUGACGGCGUUGCUGAUGUUGAGGAAGUGCUAGCUGCGGCGAAUCAAAUGAGCUCGGUGAUGGCAGUAGCUGCGGAUGAAGUGCCGCUGCCGCCGCUGGCGUUUCGGCCUGCGCUGCACUACCGACUGCCGACUGCGGCGGCGCGCGGCGGGCAUGAGGCCACCGCGAUGUGGCUGCUGCGGCUGCUGUGGCAGCAGGAGGAUUUGCAGGCCCGCCGGCGUGCACAGUGGUUGCAGCAGCAAGAGCAGCUGGAUGUGGGAGUUGCAGAUGCCCCAGCCGACCAGCCCCAGCCCCAGCCGCAGCCGCAGCCGCAGCCGCAGCCGCAGCCGCUGCUGCCGCUGCUGCUGCUGCCGCGCUGGCGGUACGCGGACUCGCUGCAGCUGAUGGGCUCCGCCAAGUUGCUGAUGGCCGCUGCGCACGGCCUGCCGCUGCCGUCGCUGCUGCGCCUGCUGACCUCCAUGCAGCGGCACCUGCUGGAGUGCGUGCCGGCCGGGCCGGCGGGCGGCGGCGGCGACGGCGGCGGGGAACUGGCGCUGGAGGCAGGUGCGGGCGUAGGCGCCGGAGGCAGGCACACGGCAGCAGCCGGCGCACUGCCGGCACACGCGGCGGCGCAGGAGCAGGAGCAGGAGCGACUGACGCCCUCGCCGCAGAACGUGCUGGCACAGCUGAGCGACUCGGCACACGCCGGGUUGGUGGCGGCAGCGGCGGGCAGCCCCACGCCCUGCUGGCUGGCCAAGGUGGAUUUGCUGCUGUUCGGCCAUGACUGGAAAGGGGCGGGGAACGACGACGAGGAUGUGCAUGUGCAGACGCCAGCGGGGGGUGCCGCGGUGAGGGAUGGCGAUGGUGGUGGCGGCCGAGGUGGCAUGCGGCAGACGCAGCUUCACGAUGAUGGCUGGCCGCGCCUGCAUCACAUCCUGUCUGAACACCCCAGCCUUGGCCUCGCAGCCGCGGCAGCCGCGCAGCUCGGCACCACCGCCGCCCGCGCCGCCCGCACGCCGCUGGCCGCCGAGCGCGUUGCCGCCCUCGCCUCCUCCGCCUCCUCCGCCCCCUCCGCCUCCGCCUCCUCCUCCCCCUCUUCCUCGUCCUCGUCCGCAGCCGCGCCAGCGCUUGACGGCGAGGUGGCGGCGCGGCUGGCGGCACUGCGGCGGCGGGGCUUCCCGCUGAGCGCGCCGCCGGCGGUGGAGUGGCUGGCUCGCGAGGGCGCCGAGGCAGCGCUGGGCUACCUACUGCGGGAGGCAGCGGUGCGGCCGGGCGAGGAGGCGGCUCUGUUCGCGGCGCAGUGCGGGCGGCUGGGCGCGCUGCGGCUGCUGCGGCGCAGUGGCUGCUCGGUGCCGGCUGGCGACGUGGCGAUGGAGGCGGCGCAGGCGGGGCACAUGCACGUGCUGCAGUGGCUGGCGGGGCGGGGCGGGCAGGCGGAGCAGCGGGACGGCCAGGGCGAAGCGGCAGGGGCGGGAGCAGGGGCGGGAGCAGGGGCGGAAGCAGGGGCGGGAGCUGGAGCGGAAGCAGGGGCGGAAGCAGGAGUGGUAGCAGGGGCGGAAGCGGGGGCGGAAGCAGGGGCAGGCGCGGCCGCGGCCGCUGGGUCCCCCUUGAUGCCCGGCGGCUUCCCGCAGCCUUGUCCGUUUGAUGAUGGUGAUCCUGUGUUCAAUGAGAACGUGCUGGUGGCGGCGGCUGAGUCGGGCCGGGUCGAGAUGGCGGGCUGGGUGCUGCUGCGGCUGCAGGGGCAGAACUACUGCAUUGAUGAGUCCCGCUAUGACGCCGCAAGGCUCUUGUCUGCGGCGGCGGGGUCGGGCAAUGUGUCGUUGCUUCGGUUCCUGGUAGAGGGCGGGCACCUGAACGUGCCUGACAGUGACAGUGAGGCGCGCAGCAGCAGCGGUGGAGGCGGAGGCGGCGCCAGGGGCCGUUGCUGCCGCGGUGCAGCCGCCUACCUGCGGGCGGCCACGAAGGGCGACCUGGCCACACUCAGGGCUCUGAAGCGGCUGGGUGUACCGCUGGCGGAGACUGAUGGCGAAGCCAGCAGGGGCAGUAGUAGUGGCGGCGGCAAUAGCGGUGGGGGUAGCGGCGCCGGGUGCACGCUGCAGUCGUUGAUGCCGGCGCUGAUGCGCUGCCCUCUGGAGUCCCUGCGCUGGUUCGAGGAGUGCGGUGUGGCGGUGACGGCUGCUGACCGCGCCGAGCUGGAGCAGGUGGCGAGGAGGGUGCGGGCGCCGCCCGAGGUGCUAGCCUGGAUACAGCGGCAGGGGCAGGGGCAGUAGCAGCAGUUGCAGGAGCAAGGGGAGGAGGAGGAAAGGGAGGCGGAGGUGGCAUGGUUGCGUUGGGCUGGCGCGCCUGGAGGUCAAGGGCAUGCAUCCUGUGGUGGCCGCGUGUGGCAAGUUCAGUUCCUUGCCGUCCGCUGCAAGUGUUAUCGUUCUCUAGGACACGCUUCAUAUAGUCCUGCGCGCGCUCUUGUGAAUGCGCCAAAUCGACGAUGGCAGACGUGGACAGACACGCAGUGCAAUAAUAGUGAUAGCGGCGCCGCGCUCGGCCCCAAGGGAGCCACUGCUGCAGUGCGGCCUGCAGGUCUGGCGGCUGCAGGUCAGGCGGGUGCAGCAGAGGGGGCAUGGGUGCCCGUGGGCUCGUGGCGGGUGCGCCUCGCAAAGGCUGUUGUUCAUUGGGUAGGCAGCUUGGUGCAACUGAUGUUCACAGUGGUGGCUUGCGUGCAAGGCGCUGCAGCUCCUCUGCAGCGACAG